GAUGGUGAGCAUGCUAUAAUGUGACGCGUUACGGGUGGAUCUCUUUUUACCGGAAGUAAAGAUUAUUCACUCGUCUAUUGAAUCUCAACGUACACACAGUAUUUCGAAACAAGUUGUUUCUCGUUUGACUCGUAUAAAAACAUUGUUCAGUGAUAACUUUACCCAGUGAGCGAUUGAUACGAAUCAAAGACGCUCGGAUACAAACUCCUGCUGAAUACGAGUGGAUUAAACGUUCGUAAAAGUGAUCCAGUGUUUCCGUGUGAAAAGUAAAUCGUUUUAUUUAUGUUCAUAAAGUUCUCUGGUUAUUCGAUCGGUUACAAACGUUUCGUUUGUUGCAUCGUACCUUUAAGCCGGCCGGCACCCGCAUUAAAGGGAAUAUAGCGGAAGCGUUCAAGUCACGUACACCAUUUCUGACUCUAUCCCCGGCGUGAUUUUCUUUUCAUAUUUAAUUCCUCGAUCGAUUUCUGAGUUAAAUUGUCAAAUACUGACUCGACGAUCAAUCUUGUUUCCGUGAAACUUCUAAAAACUCCAUAACGUCGAGAUGAACGCUUAUUUGCUACGAUACCGUCAGAAAUACUCUGAAAAACUGUAGAAAUUAUUAUCCACUGGAUAUUUCAAGAUACUCGUUGAAAAUGUAGCUUAUUACUACCCGUACUUCGAGUACCUUCCUUCUGAAGAAGGACGUUAUGGUAAACGGAAUUCAUCGUCCAUCGAUUUCGUUCUGUAUUCCGUUUUACUGAACGAGAAUCGGUUGAAGCUCCGCUUUUCGCUUUAAAGAAAGGAACAUUUUUUUCUUAUUGUUUGGUUGUAACGGUUCAGUGCCCUCGGGAAGCCAUGAGCGAUAUACCGCGUUUCGGAGUGAAUAUUAUUCAACGUUUCGCGAACUUUGUUCAACAGUUUUAAAGUGAUCUCUCUAUUGUGUGUAUUUCUUAGUGAAAUUUAACGUUUCACGGUGGAUAAGUGAAGAAACAAGUGGAUUAUUGUGGCAUGGAGUAACUAUCCGACGGCUAGUUGUCGUUUCUUCGCCCCCAUCAAAGGAUUAUGAUUCUGUGAACGGAUAUUUAUCAGCCGCUUGGAGAAUUUCCUCCAGGAUGAUCGAAACUUAUCUUCACGUCGGAUUCGCAUAGUCGCCACAGUGGAGUUCUGCUUAAUCGCAGCCUCGGGAGGGGGAGGUUCGAUGUUGGUCCCUCCCGUAGCCCAAAGUGGGACUCCGGAUCGUCCCGUGGGCGAUACGGGUGCCCGGGCUCAACAGACGUCCGGCCCUGCCGCGGCAGCAACCCUAUGGCCCUUGGCGCCCGCGCAGUCCAAUCAAAUUCCGAGUCAACAGUCUCAGGGCAUUCCACCCUUGGCUGCCACCCCCGCGCCGGCUCACAGUCAAGGUGUGAAUCGUUACGGGCUGUACUCGUUAUUCCCUGGGGGUGGCGGGGGUAGUUACGUCGCGGCGACUCCCGCCACCCCUGGGCCACCCACACCUGCACGAGCUUAUCACGCGACAACACAUAAGGAACGAACAGUUUCAGAGAGCGUGUUCUCUGCUGCUGUGGGGGUCGGCGUGGGUGGCUACACCUGGGGUGCUCCCACACCACCCCCAGGAUCACCGUACAGUCCUGUUCCGGUUACGCAGCUCGAGCUGUUGGCUAAGAAUUUGGCCAAUUUAGCUCCUCCUGGUCAACAAGCGCUGAGUCUUCAGGGUGUCGGGGUGAACGUUGGUAGUUUGCAUCACGCACAACACACACAGCAUACCCAGCACACGCAGCACACCCUCAAUUUGACCGGUCUUCAUCAUCUUCAUCACGGAGGACUUCAUCAGAACACAUUCUCACCGCAACUGUCUCUGGUGACCGGAAACGCGCCGACGUUGACGAUCAACAGUUUCUCGUCGCCGAAUUCGACAGGGAACGUGGUGCCAACCACGGGAGUAUUGCUGCAGGAAUAUCAAUCGCCGACAGGUUCGACUACCGGAUGCUCGGUCACCGUGAACGGAACCUCGUGCCCCACGAGCUCGACCACGAGCACGAUGGUGGUACAGGGUGGACAGACUGGCAACCAAGUUGUCCAGGCUAGCGGGAAGAAACGAGAGGCCUUCCUAUCCAGUCAAGGUCAGCCGGUGAAAUUGGAGAACAAAUCGACUAGACAGCCCUGUGUUUGCAGAAACAGCAACGGAAAAACGAAAACUGUGCAUUCCGAUGCAGGUUGCAGCAGGACACUGCCGGUCGCAUCGUCCUGGAACGGGCAGGAUGCAAAUUGCAACGGGAACAACAAUGGAGGUAACAAUAUGGUGAAAAGGGAACCUUUGGCUUCGGUACCCUGCCAGGUAGCUGAAGUCUCGACGUCCCUUCACGCGACCACCACCUCUGUGAAAAUUGAGCCCGUCUCCUCGAAAUCUGAAAACGGGAUCGUGGUGUCGAAUGCAGGAGCCGGUGGUGUCCCAGUUGGUAUCGCGGUGGCCAGACAAAGAUUACAGCAUCAAGAAACUUCGACUUCCAUGAGAAAUGUUUCACUGAGUCAUCACACCUCGCAUCACGCGAGCUAUCAUCACUUCCAACCCGACAAUCUGGUUAAUCCUUGCAAUGCAACGCGAACGAGCUGUUUGCCAGGUACGAGCACAGCCAUGGCAGUAGGCGGUGCGACCCUGGUGCAUUGCGGAGGAGCUGGAGGGGAGGAGCGAUCGGCCCACCUCGCCAUUCCCUCGGGAGCCCUGGCGCCCUCGUUGAACGCUGCUCUUGGCUCCAGCCUGAAUUCCAGCUUGAAUUCCAGCCUGAAUUCCACGCUGGGCAGCAUCGGUGCCGCGGCGAGCGCCGCCACCGCUGCCACGGCUGCGGCCACAGCCGCAUGGCCGCCAACCUUAUGGCAGUACCCCGCGGCAGCCGCGGCUGCUGCAGCUGCAGCUGCAGCAAUGCCGAUGGAACCAGUUGGUUUUCCACAAAUGGGUGUCGGGCUUCAAGGUGGUUUGCAAUUGGUCAGAGAUCCAACGACGGGUCACCUUCUUCUCAUUCACGCUGCAGAGCAAAUGCAACAAGCUGUAGUGUGGCCAAAUUAUUCGAAUCAUAACAAUGGGAACGUUGCACCGCCACCCCUUCUACUCCCACCACCCCCGCCGUCUCUUCAACUGUUGAGCGACAUCGGUGGAGCAAGGUUGGUCCUUACCGAAAGUAAAAGGAAGCAGCAGAGUACCCUACCUAUCGUGAAGAUAGAGGCAGAUUGUGGUGCCAGCCCUACCACAAUAAUCACAUCGACAGAAUCAACGAAGGCGUUGCAGACCGUGACUUCGAUGACCGGCACCCUGGUUCCGGAUACACCCUUGGUAACGACGUUGCACUAUUACCCCCAUACGCCAGCAUUGGUUCAAAUCAGCCAGGCCGAACCGACACACUGUAGAUCACAGCAGCGAAAUUCGUUCUUAUUAAAGGCGACGUCUCCCGUGUCCUGUCUGACGCCACCGCCCGAAGUGACGACCAUCCACGCGAUCGAGCCACCGGAAGUGGCGCCGAUGGUGGGCGUACAGGACGCAUCGAACCAGACUGACGCGCCCGAGCCGGAGGACCAAGAGGCUGGAACGGUAGCGGAAGCGUGCGUGAAACAGGAGCAAAAUCUGAGCACCUGUCAGCUACAGGGUUCCGGUAAUCUGACAACGACCACCACGAACCUGACGAAUCUAACGAACUUCGAGAUCGUCGCUGCAUCGCCGGAGAAGGUCUGCAAUGUCGUACGAAUAACCACGACCACGACCACGGUGAACCCGGCGGUCUGCAGCAUUGUCGGCAAGGUCGACAAAGCUGAGAACACGGUCAUCAAUAUGGCCGACUGUCCCAAAUACGCGAUCACGAAGGAGUGCCGAAGUGUCACCUCCAUCGACAGAACGAUCGAGCACGUGGUCUCCAGACAGAUUGAUAGGGAAUACGACGACAAGACUCGCGUCGAUGAAGAAGACGACGAGGCGAUCGUGGAGGAUAGAAUGUCGCGCAGAGACCUGAAGAGCGGGCCAAGGAUCAUCGAAAUUACCGAGGAAAAUUGUGAUAGUUUUCAUGAGAAUUUAGAGUUCUUUGGAAGAAGGAGGAAUCCUUUCAGGGAUCAUUCCGUGGAUCGGCAAAAGGACAGGAAGAGGUACUAUGCUGCGGAGUUCGCCGAGAGAGAACGGGAUAGAGAGACUGAUCCUAAGGAGAAUUACGAGGCCGAGGAUGUCGCGAAAAUGACGGAUAAUCAUAGGCAAGUAGCCACCGCGACAGAGGACCUUGAAAGGAACGUUAAAGCGCAGACAAAAGAGUGCAAUGAAUCGAAAAUCGGGGUCAAUUGCAACGCUGAUCCUGAACCGUUGCCGCGUCCACAGAUCACAGUGAAAUCGUUCGACAUGCCGAGCAUCGACUGCGACGAGCAGGUGGAACAAGUGGUGAUUAAACAGGAAGCCGACGAUGGUGCGUUCGAGGAUUGUUCGUACAGAUGCGAGGCCGCGUCGAUGGCCGAGAGGCCGAGAUGUCUGGAAUCGUCGAAGAAGCACAUGGCCGAGAAGUCUCAUCCCGGUAUCGAGAACGUGGUGGAGAAGCUGAAGAAGAACGCGGUCGCUGCGCUGCAGGAGUCGGCGCCGAAAGUGGACGAUUCUAAAGAGAAGAACGUGAGAAGACAGCCGGAGGUAAUACCAAGGAAGCUGGAGAACGGCUUGAAGAAGCAUCUGCUGAGGUUCUGCGAGAAUGCCCAAUUAGCCGAGAAGCAGGAAUCGUCGAAAGAACCAGAGUCACCUCAGAAGUCGCAGGAUGUCCGCAAAUGUCCACCCACGACAGAGCCUUUCGAUUCGCUGUUGAAUUAUCCUAGAGACUGUUAUCUAAACAACAAUAACGUCGCCAGAAACGGCAACAAUAACGUGAAAGGAGCGGAAGAAAAACAGUCUCUCAUCGUCAAGGAAGAGAAGACAUCUCCAGAUGCCUAUGAGGUGUCCGAAAUGAACUGUACAAACAGCGUCACGCCUAAAAAGUUCAGAAAAAUGGAAGUAACGAAGGAGACGAACGUUCCAACCGCGGAUAAUCAAAGCAUUAAAUCCAGGGUCAUUGUCGGUUCCAAACAGAAGCCUACGGUUGACAUAAGCGGUCUGGAGCUGCUGUCGAACAGCAUCGAGCAACUGGAGCAGUUGAAGCCGGAAGUUCAGGGCACGGUUCCGGCUGAACUGGAGAAAUCACCCGUCAAGAGUAAACUGAUGUCUCCACAGACGGAACGCAACAACAACAACGUCGACAGCCCGUUAGGUCUGCUGUGUGCCUUAGCUGAGCAAAGGUUCAUGGAAGAAGUGGGCGACAAGGUUCCGCGGAAGUUGAAUCUGGACAGUUCCGAGGAAAUAUCUCAUGCCGGAAGGUUGUUGCUGAACUUGGGCAGGGCUGCGAUGCCGGAUAGGCAGGAAAAGAUGUCGGAGAAGAGGAAAUACGCCGAGGAGGAGGAUUACGAAGGCGCGAAGAAGUUCAAGACGAACGAAUUCGAGGAGGAAGAAUCUUGUCGAAAGGCUGACAAUGAUAAAGGUACGGUGUUUAGGAUGAAGGAGAAGACAAGGAGGGGCUUGGAGUUCUGCGAACGAUACAGGGUGGAAGGUGAUCCAGUUCUAUUAUUGAACAACACUGACGUGGCGAACAACGAUCCUUACAAGAACUCAGAUUACGAGAAAAUGGAAGGUUUUCAACAGUAUCCAACGAACAAUGGCGCGUAUAGUGAAAAAGAAUCCAUGGACGAUAACGACUAUUCCGAUGCUGAUAUGUAUUGCGAGAAAAUGUCUGAGAUGACCGAGGAAGGUCGCGAAGGUAUUGAGAGAAGACUUUCCGUUGGUGACCAUCGCGACUGCCACGAUUAUAGCAACCUGCAGGCUAAAUUGGUCGCGAAGAAAUUCAUCGCUAGAAAAGGUCACAUCGACGACGAUGCAGACUGGCCGAACAUGGACGCCAUGGAACUGGAUAUGAGAGUGCGGUUGGCUGAUAUUCAGAGGCAAUACAGGGAGAAACAAAGAGAACUGUCCAAACUGACGCCGAAAAAGGACGAGAAGAAGAGUCCUGGUAGACCUAGGAAGAAAAGCCAUUCUUCGAGCUCUGAUCACGGCCCUCUCGCAUCACCGCCAAUGUUGGAGGCAAUGUCUUCUCCGCACAAAUCUCCAGUGCAGUCUCCGGAUGGAACUUCACCGCCAAUGACCUCGGCUGUACUGGCUAUGCCAAGGUGUAACGUGAACUUGGUGAAACUGGGUGAACCGAGAAGUCAUAUUAAACUAUUGGACAGUAUACCGAGCAUUCCAAUCCCAGUUCCACCGGUGGCUUCGCCUAUCACCGUCUUACCAUCGAGCAAAGCGUCGCAGGACGACGAUGAAAAGAGUUCUGGAGGGAUGGGAUACGAUACAUCGUCACCAGCACCUACGGUUGCAAGUUCAAGUUCCGCUUCGAAGAAACGGAAGGUCGGUCGACCCAGGAAGUUGAUGUGUACGUCAGGAAGUGUCAGACAUCUGACGGAAACGAUAGUCGCGAAGAAACCUAAAAGCAAAAGUUCUCUCGUUGGCUAUUUGUUGUCGUCGAAAAAUAGACACCUUCAGGCGAAAUACGUGGGUAAAACUGGGUAUACUCCGCUGCCCUUCAAGUCCGGGCUAUCCUCCAUGAGAUCUUCCUCCAAGAGUCACAAAUCCGCGAAAUCAAAGCCCAAACCCGCCAAACAGACGCCGUUGCAUAAUAAGAACGUGAUCAGUUCGAUCAUCGCGGAAAAAGCGAAGUUGAGCCAAGAGGUGAAGUUGGAGAAACAGAGUAAGAUGAAGCCGAAGCUGAAGGCGGAGGCAAAGGUGAAAACCUGGGAGGACGAUGAAUCGAGCAGUGUUGCCGAAACUCCGAUACCAGAAUUUACCGUACAGGAACCUGUACAGGAGAUUCCCGUGGACACAUCGGAGAGCGUUGAGACGGAACCGGAGAAGAUCAGGCACGAGAAAUCGAAGAAGAAGAAACGGAAGUCCAGCUCGUCGUCACCGUCUAGGCAUAAGUCGAGCGAUCGGGAGAAGAAGGAGUCGAAGCGUAGGAAAUCGCUCGAGUGCCAAGAGUGCGCUAAAGCGGCUAGGGCCGAGAAGACGGAAAUCGUGAACAGAUGCAAAUUAACGUCGGCACACUUGGCCAUUGACCAGCUGAGGGUCUUGACUGCGAUGGGCGGUCUAUUUUACGCCGGAAGGCUCAGUGCCGUCCAAGCGCCUGACGUUUAUGCCAUCACAUUGGACGGGGAACGUGGCAACAGACCUCACAUCCAUUCCAGAGAGGAGAUCCUACGAGAUGCGAUAGUAGAAGUUUGUCCAAGCUCGACGAAGGAAUUACCGCCUGGUACCAGACUGUGCGCAUAUUGGAGCCAACAGUAUCGAUGCUUGUAUCCAGGUACCUCUGUUGAACCUUCAGAACCAGAUCCAGAACUUGACGAGAAAUUUGUCAGCGUUGAAUUCGACGAUGGGGACAGUGGAAGAAUCGCUUUGGAUGAUAUCAGGUUGUUACAACCUGAUUACCCUGUCGUUGAGUACGACCCAAAUCCGCUGUUGUCGCUGGGCAAACGCCGCCGGCAAACGUCAGUCUCGACGGAAGACAAACGUUCGACGAAUAGUCAGUCGGUUGUUCCGUCGAAUACAAACACCGCGGUAACUGCUGUUACGUCCACGACGAAUUGUUACGUUACAUCGUCCGAUGCACAGCCGUUGGAACGGCAUAAGUCUGAGGAAAUGGACAGCAAGGAGUUAGAGGAGUAUCGCGAGAGGAAACGUAUGAAGAAGAGAAGAAAAGACAAGUUGAAGAGGUUGCAGGAGGCUCAGGAAGGGAAGAAGAAGCACAGGAGGCACAAGUGUUGCGAGGAACACAGGAAACAUAAGCACAGAAAACAUAGGAAGCAUAAACAUAAGCACAGCCAUCACAGUAGUCACAGUGAUGGAAGUCACAUCAGCAGCGGGGAGAGCUGUUGCGGUCAAAAAAGCGAGGAGGAAGUGACGAAGGAGACAGUGCCCAAGGUGGAAGAGGAGGUCGAGGAGGAACCGAUCAGAGAGGAAGAAAUAAUCCCGGAACCGGUGAAAGAACCGGUUCGCGAAGAGAAGCCCGAGAAACCGAAGAAAUCAGACAAGAAGUCAAAAAUGCGGGAGCGACAAGAGUCUGUGGAAAGUCGUAGUAAAAUGGCCGCGUUCCUUCCAGCCAGACAAUUAUGGGGCUGGGCUGGGAAAGGUUACAGACGACCCGGUGCUAAGGGUAGAGCCAAGAAGCAAUUCUUCCGAGCUAUCCAGCGCGGAAGCGAAACGAUCCAAAUCGGCGACAGUGCUGUCUUUUUAUCCACUGGCCGACCGGAUCGUCCUUACAUUGGACGCAUCGAAUCCAUGUGGGAAACUUCCAGUUCCAACAUGAUCGUUAAAGUCAAAUGGUUCUAUCAUCCUGAAGAGACUGUUGGGUGCCCGACGAACCUGAAGUAUCCGGGUGCUCUGUUCGAGUCACCGCACAUGGAUGAGAACGACGUGCAAACAAUUUCUCACAAAUGCGAGGUGUUACCCCUUCAAGAGUACACAGAGAAGCUGGGCAAAGAGCCGCACAGAUACCUGACCAUCUACGACAACAACGAUAUUUACUAUUUGGCUGGCUACUACGACCCAACCACGUACUUGUUGACUAUGCAACCAGGGGUUGUUUGAGAACAGCUUAAGCUGACGAUUAAGUUAACAGGUGUUACUUAAUUGUCGUCAGCCAAGAAAUUACUGCGAAAUUAACUAAACGCCGUGGUCGUACCGUUAGGUUUUGACGUACGCCAGGUUGAAAGUGUGGAUCGAAGGGGCGGACUGAAAAUCCAGCGAGUUGGAUGAUAUUCAAAAGCGAACUGAACAUUCGUGGAUCAAAGACAAUUAGGAUCGUACUUUUUAAUACGAUCUUAUGCUUUCUCAGAGGACGUUCGGGGUUCAGCGUCGCAAGACACAAGCGUUAUUUGUUAUCGGCACUGAGCAACAUACAUUUCUUUCAGUUUCCUCGGUGGUUAUUAUAAUUGUUACAGUCGUCGUUGAGUUUUCUCCUUAAUCGAGCACAGUUGUUGAACGAUCGUUGCACCGUAUUUUCGCUUCGGUCAAGCCAGUACCUAUGAACUUUUCCCAAGACAUGUGCAAUGACACGUUGUUUCAUUUUUGUUUUGCGAAUUCGAGGAUUCGUAAAGAAUUAUUUCAAGGCUUGUGUCCUUGUAUAACGAAAGAGCGAUCGAACGACGGUUCUCUUUCUUUCCGAAGCUCAUUUAUCGUCGAAUAGAAAUCGACGACUAAAUAAAGGAACAAAUACAUUAAUAUUAUAUACACAGGAGAGAUGCAAUAUGUAUUCCGAGUGGCAUUACGAAGACGCCAAUAAAAAAGAAAGAAAGAAGUUUUAUUGAUUGUACAUAUUGAGAAGUAGUAUUCCGUAAAUUGUACAUAAACCGUUAAGCGUGUAUAAUCUGUAAGCGUAAAUCAGAUUACAAUCUGAUCGUUAAUCGUUAGACCGGUGUUAAAUAUUGUUGUCUAAUCGCGAAAAAACACAAACACACAUGCAUACACAUUGAAGAUAUGGUUGAGAUAUUUUCCCGCGUACCUUGUAUUUUCAUCAAAUCGAAGUAAAUGGCCUGUUCUUUGACACAGUCCUCGAGCUUUUAGCUAAUCUUUCGAAAUACUCUUGAAACGUACUUAGAUCGACGCUUUGACGGCCUCACGUUUCAUUCCUUCUCAAACUCUCAGCAACUUUUUCAGCUGCCCCCUUUUUCUAUUUAACAUCUUGCCUUAUAACGAGCCCGAUUUUUAAACGACUAAUAAAUCUUACUCGUAGGAUAGUUAAUCUAUCGUUCUGUUUUCAUUCAGAUAGAAUUUUAUUUCGUGGAAACCGUAUUCGAAUUAGGAGGGUACAGAUCAACCCUGUUCACACUCUUCGAGAUUCUCUCCAAUCUACAGCGGUAAAUUGAGAAAUUGUAAUUAGUAGGAUAAUUGACUGAUAGCCGUCAGGGUGUUAACAGAGUGUCUCUUUACGUUUCCUUUUCUUCUCUCUUUAAGUUUAUCGACGACACGGUCGCUGGUGAUACGAGACAAGGUGCUACACGAUCUUUUUUCUUUGCUACGCGCUCGUUACUGUUUCCAACUAUUGAUAUUCGCGAAUGCUGUUUCGGAUUAAGACGUUUUUCUACCCGAUCAUUUUACUAUUUCUUCGCUGUAAGUUCGUCAGCGAGAAGAAAGCCGGCCCACUUUCGAUUUCAUCGAAAGUAACCAAUCGUAGACGGAUGUAUGUACAAUCACCGCUCGACUUUUCCGCCGACUACACGUAUACUCAUUAUCGAGUCGAGAUCACGACGAGUGUUUCUCAGCCCUGUUUCCGUCUUACCGCGAGACGAGGCACGAUUUUAGUACAAACUGCAAAUACAAUAAAUAGCCAUGCGUUCUUCUCGGUAGAUUUUCAUCUCGGCGAUAACUCUUUGAAAGAGACGAAGGAACAAAAGAGAAAAAUGAAAAAAAAAAAAAAGACAAAAAAAGAAACAGAACAAAACGGAGUACUUAUUAUUAUGACGCGUACGAUUGUCGUCGUCGUGUAAAUAGAAGAUUCGUAAGUGUACGCGAUCGACGAGCGGCAUGUCUUAGACACCCUCGUCGAUACCCAUAGAAUUCUAUUUCUACUUCUAUUUCUAUUUCUAGCCUUUACGUAGAUUAUCCUCUGAGGUCGAUCGAUUCGAUCGCGCACAGUGCGUACAAUCUGUACAUGACAUAGUAUUUUUUCAAUUUAAGAUGCAAAGAAAAUCGAGACCGGGGUUUAAAAGAGGACGAAUAUAAAUAACGAGGGAAGUAUAAUCGAGAGAUUCGUCGGUCACAGUGGUUCAAUUUCUUCUCUCGAGCCACGUCCCUUUGGCGUGGAAAUGAUUUUCUUCGGAAACGUUGCGCUGAAAAAUGUUUAAUAUCGCGCGCAAAAAAAAAAGUGUCGUUUUGAUACGCUUCGAUUCUGUGCAGCCUACUGAUAGAGACAAUGUAGACGAGGCACAUUCGCUUGUAGAUUUGUAAAUAUAUUAGCGAUUAGGUGGAUGGAGAUAAGUGUCAGUGUCCCUGGCCCUUUUUUUUAUACCUUUCUCGAUCCGUCGUCGACACUACGUUUCGCGACAGAAAAAUGAAAAAUACAAAAAAAAUAAGAAGUAAUUCGAGCGUACGUCAUUGUACAUAUAAGCAUGAUGAAUACUAAGGAGACACCGACAUUUCGCGACGAAGCUUUUCUUCUGCCAUUCGAAAGUAUUAGAGUGCUUGAUUGAUUUAGAACCUAUAUGUUAAUUACAUUCGGUAAAUAUUAUACAUUUUUAACAUCCUCUAAAUUAUAUUUCGAAGACCUCUGUUAAUGUUGCCGAAAAUUUUGUGAAUAAUUUUGCCAAUUUUCCAAAGUAUAAAAUUUGUAUGUCUAAGGGGGUAGAUCUACGGCGUCAGGAUCUAUGGUCUGUUUCCUAGAGCGUAGAUCUAUGGCCUAGAUAAACCUAAUAAUAUAAGUAAAUAAUAAAAUGAAUCAUGUUUAUGAUUAUUUGGCAAUAAAUAAAAUUUAUCAAGUGUCCUAAUACUUUUGAGUGGUGGUAUACAUACAUUGGUGAAGAAGGGUGAAAAAUAGUAUGUAGGACGUUUCUUUCGAUAAGUUUAUCAACUUUGAGGACGAUAAAUAAAGUAGUCUCCGUACAUUUCAUUAGAACUUACUUUAACAUUGUAUCAUUUCUGUCUCAGACGUAAAGGAAUUGAUUGUUUCAAAAUUUGUGAAAUUCUUAAGAUUGAAACGAUCAAACUUCAAGUGACGGAUAUUAGAUUUUUUUUAAGUUACGGAAAUUAUUAACGUGCUUUCGUCGAAAUAUAUAUCGACUUUUGUCGAUAAUAAAUAAUAACUCUAUAUGUUAACUUAUUUUCCAUCCUUCAUUUAUUUAUUCUUCCAAUUUACUUUCUACUCAAAAGUAGGUAUACGAUAUUAAAAAUUUUAUAUGAGCAAUAUUAGCUAUAUUAUCCAUAAGAUAUUAAAGUUUCAUUUUGAAAAUUCGGCUUCGUUAUUUUUGCGACAGAUAACGUACUAAUGAAUUUAAUAUAAUAUUUAUUAUUGAUAUGAACGAGGAUAAUCCAUCAAAAUAUUAACAAUUAAAUUAACGGAUGACCGAAUAUUAUUUUCAUUUGUAUAUUACGUAUUUGUCAUUUUCUGCGUUCAAAAUGUACAAUGUCAAACAAGUUUCAAUUAAAUGUACGGAGACAUUUUUGAUAGAUUUAUGCAGGGUGUAAAAAAUGUUUAACCCUUUUGGUAAUAUGGACGACCAUAGCCAGUCCACGUUUAAAUGUGGAAAUAACAAAUAUGAGAAAAUGCUAAAGAAAUUAAUUUUCAAGGACUAUUAUAAUAUAAAAUUAUACUGACUAGAUUCAAAGGUAUAAAAAUAUUUGUUACAUAUUUCCUUUAUCACUUUUUUUUAACUUUAUGUAAGUCGAGCAAAAUCUUAUAAAACGAAGGAAGUUCGACCCUGCAUCAUUUUCUUACACCCUGUAUAUUUAUCAAAAGGGAAAACUGUAAGCGUGAACAGUAUAUAAAAUUGAUAAAAGAUAAGCGUACACUGUUCGAGCUAGUCCAGCAGCUACAUAAGGGUAGUUUUUAAGCUUACAAAUGAAGGUAAUGGAUAGACGAUGGGUUCUCUUUUUUGAAGGAACGAUACGAGCAAAACUAUUACGCUACUAUUAUCAAUAUUACAUUUAUUAGUAUCAUUACUACUACUAUCAUUAUCAUCAUCACUAUUAUUAACAUUAUUACUAUUAUAAUAAUUGCUCGUAGCCUUUGUUUAUUUUUUUUAUUGAAACAUAAAUGCCUCGUGUAUCUAUUACCAUAAAACAAAGUAUCCCUUUUUCGUCAAGUUGCAUACUCGAUUGCCAUUUUCAUUCGCGCGAGAGGAAAAAUGAGAAAAUAUAAAAUUCGUGAUAAGAUAAGGAUGGACGAGAGAUUAUUUGCGAACUUGUAUAUUUUGCGUGAAUAAUCGAACGCGUGGAUGACUGGUGACAGAAAGAGAUAGGGAGAGAAAGGUGAACAAAACAAAAGAAGAUAAUAUUUUAUUCUAAAGAAUCGAAAUUAUAUUAUAUUUUAAUAACGGAGCCGCGGGUAGCCGAUUUAACGAAGUAGUUCGAGCAAGCGUGUGCGAACGAACGAAAAAUAAAAAAAAUAAAAAUAAAAAAGAUUACAAAAAAAAAAGAAAGAAAGAAAUGGUACGAAGAUAAGACGGUGAGAAUGAGAAAUCUUUUAAGUAGACGAGCGACGUGUUUUUGAACUCAAAAGUCUGAGAACAAGGUUUCAGGAUAAGCAAAGAGACAACAAUUGAAUUUCAUUUAUAUUUUCUUAUGCGACACUUUUUUGUAUGCUGUAUGACGUGUGUGCGUGUGGAUGCAAGGCAAGUCUCGGUUGACGUUUCAUUUGUAAAAAUAAAAAGAUGCAAAAAAGAAGAAAAAAAGAAAGGAGAAAUGACACGAAAUUCGAAGAUUUCAAUGAAACGUGCUGAAAAAAGAAGA